AUGUUAGUGAUCCGAGGAAACAAAUUGACGCUCUUUCCACUGCGAGAUGAAACCCUCGAGUCAUUUUGGAGAGAUACCGAAGAUGUGUUGGCCUCAUCUCAAUAUGGCUUGGAAGUUAUCAACGAAUUGGAGCUCUCGUGCCUUCACCUCAGUGACAAAAUGACUGACAAACUGGGAGAACUCCUACAACAACACGCGUUUACCAAGAUUUCGCUACAAUCGUGUACGGCGACACCUCCGCUAUUGGAAUACUUUUUGAAACAAGUUCAAUCGUGCUGUCAAUUGCAGUGUUUGGAAUCCAACGGCACUCUAUCCGAUUGUUGGUCUCCCUCUAGCAUGCAAAUACUCGAAGAAAUACCGUUGAAAGCCCUACGAUUACUCGGGAUGUGCUUUCCACAGGUGGGGGAUGUGGAAAUGACAAACGCCGCCGAAACAGAGCUAUCAGAAGUCACGUCGACUCCGAAACAGCCACUCCAUGAAGAAUUGCAGGAACUAGACCUUACGGGAUGUCAGUGGGAACAAAUAGAGUCUCUGCUUCCAUUUUUGAAAUCCUGCACAUCACUCCAAAAGGUAUCUUUCAAGUGUUGUCGAUUGGGGGACGACGACAUUGCACAAAUCUUGUCCACGCUUGGUUCUCUUGAAAGACUCCGUACGAUUGACCUUGGUGUCAAUCAGUGCGGUCCGAAUGGGAUACAGGCUGUGGCUUGUUUACUAGAAGAAUCCGUAUCAUCGUCAUCAUCAUCAUUGCAAUUUUUGGACUUGUCGUAUCAAGUGGUUCCUGGAGGAGUGGCCUUUCAUUUUGAGCGAUUGGCACAAGCCUUGUUGUCCAACGCCAAAUGCUGCAAGACUCCACUCAAAGUUUUGAGGCUUGCCGGCAAUCAGAUUCGCGAUGCCGAGUUGACGUCCUUGGCCAUGGCCUUGGAACAUUGUCGUCUCGAGCGAUUGGAUCUUAGUACCAAUUGCAUUUCAAAUCAAGGACUGGGCCUACUGAGUCAAGGAUUGGCCCGCAAUCAGCACUUGAAGACGCUCAACUUACGGAACAAUGAUUUUUGUAGCCUCUCCAUGUUCAACAUUGAGCACAAUGUGUCACUUCAUCAGGUCCAACACGUUUGUCCUCCCAGCUGUCCCAAUAGUCAGUGGGUGGAAUAUGUCUGCAAGCUGAAUCGAGGAGGACGCAUUAUAUUGAAGGCGACAAAUGUGCCCCAAGGUCUUUGGCCUACGGUAUUGGCAAGAUGUUGUCAACAAAACAAUAGCGAUGCCAUGUACUACUUGUUGCAACAAGGACAACAUCGGUGA